UGGCAUAAAUUUGGCUUAGUUAGUCUGAGACUAUGGAGUCCUGGAGUAAGCUUAAUGAGAACACCUGGUUCAAGCCUCAUUAGACUAAGUGGAAGCACAGGCUGUUGGUCCAAUUGUGCUCAUGAAAACCUGAAAUGGAGUAUGAAACACCAUUGUUGCAGUGAAUUUUGAGACAACACAAUGGCAGAGGCAAAGAGAAUUCGCUCCAAAAAUUAUAGUGAGCAUGAAAAAACACUACUAAAACUAAUUGUAUCGAACCAUCCAGUCAUUGAAAGCAAACUCCAUACUGCUGCUAUUGAACAGAAGAAAAGAAGUGCUUGGACUGCAAUUGGCAAUGAAUUCAAUGCAAAUGAAGAUGUCACCACAAGAACAGUACAACAACUGCAGGUUCUAUGGAAGAACAUUAAACUGGGAUUAAAAAAAGAGAAUGCAGCAAGCAGAAGAGAGCGAUUUAUUACAGGUGGUGGACCACCAAUAAAGGACACAUGUGAUGAAUUGGGUGACUUGCUGUCUGGUAUAAUAGAGCACCAGCAACCUCUGGGUGGUAUACCAGACAAUGACCAUUUGGACAGUGAACAUGGAGAACUGAGCACAAAUGAGGAAACCAAUCAAGAACCAGUUCACAACGAGCCUGAACCCUCCACAUCUGCUAUGGCAUCCCUGGGAGAUGAAGCUGCUACCAUCCAACAGAGACCAAAAAAGAUAACUAUGCAUGAAAAGUUAGCCAGAGAAUUUCAUGAGCGUAAAAUUGAAUAUUUAAAAGAAGAACAUGAAAUGAAAAUGAGAAUUCUAGAGGUUGAACUGGAUAUGAAAUUGGGAGAGAGGGUCAUGCUCCAAAAAAGAAUUCUGCAUACCAGUAGCCAUGCUACACAGGAAAUGACUGAAGAUUAUGACUAUAAUGGUUAUGAAGAGCCCCCUGAUGAUUUACUCGCACUGACUGUUAGGCCUGUUAUGGAGACCUUUGAUAUGGAGGACAGAGUGACUGUUUUUGGGGGGGAAAAACUUGCUGAAGUCGACGCGACACUGUUUUCUGGUGGAGAGGAUGAGUGCCUUGGAAAGCAAUACCGGGGGCCCAGUGUGGACAAGUCGAAGCUGAGAAGACUGGCGCACAGUCCCAAAAUUCUGGAAACUUCCUUUCCCUUCACAUCUCUGAGGCAAAUGGCCGGCGCCACGAAGCGGAGCGGGGAAGAUUAA